AUGACCUUCAACUAUACCCCGCUUAACGACCAAGAAAUUCGACUGGUCACGAUCUACCCAAAUAAAAACUCGAAGGCAAUUAUAGAAUGUUCACUUGAAGUGGUGUCGCUUCGACAGCGACCGAAGUUUGAGGCUCUUUCAUAUGUUUGGGGAAGCAUCGACACCUUCGAGACGAUCCGUCUUGAUAAACAAUCGUUUGAGGUCACACCCAACUUAGGAUCAGCCCUUCGCCAUUUACGCCAACCCACCGAUGAACGCGUCAUGUGGAUCGACUACAUCUGCAUCAACCAGGAAGACGUCCCCGAGAAGAACAAGCAGGUUCCUCUGAUGGGCUCUAUAUAUAUGACUGCAAUCCGGGUGGUCUCAAUCCUGGGCGAAUACUCUCCCGAGAUAGAGAUGGCCGUGUCGUGGUGUGAGCGAUACAUCCAUAAGCGGGCCACUAAGCGAACUCUAUUUUGGCGGAAGCUCGAACUGAAAGAAUUAUGGUCUGUUGAAGCUAGACGGGAAAAAGAAAUUGCCAUUCUGAAAACGUUCAUUGGCUUGCGACAUUUUAUUCUCCUUCCAUACUGGACUCGGAUGUGGACCUUUCAGGAAUACCAGUUGCCCGAGCGCGAGCCGAUUUGCAUGUGCGGUGCAUUUACUUUUAAGGCGUCUGCCAUUAUGGGUACCACAUGGGAUGGAGCUGUCCUAACGCCCUUUGCCGCUAUGGAUCGGUUGGGACAGGACCCCGUCGAGAUAGAAAGAAAGAAUAAGCCUAGCCCUGAUCAAGAUGAAAAGACGAAACAGCACUGUUUGGAAGUACAGCGGCUCAGUGCUAUAGAUGAUGGAGAAUUUGCUCGUAUAAUGGAGCGCUUCGCCUACUUCGAUAUCGUGCGGGAUCGAGACGCGCCUGCGUAUAAGGGCCUGGCUUCCCUCAUAUAUCUAGCGUACCAUCGCCAAUGUGGCAAUCCGCGGGAUAGAGUGUACGCUCUGUAUGCCCUCGUCCCCUCUGCUCAGGAGGCAUAUCCGCCAGACUACAACAAGCCUUUGGAGCAGGUCCUGGUUGAGACAACAGAGUUCAUCAUUCGAAAAGAAACCAGAGCAUGCAUUUUCAACCUCUUUGCCGUCCGCGACAAUCAUCUGCUCGAUGACACGAUUCCUUCAUGGGUCCCUGAUUAUACAACGCCAUGCACGCGGGUGAAAGGGCUAUCGUCACAUUACAUCUCCCGAAAUAUAAAGGAGUCUCUGUGGACUCCCGCUGUGGAGUACUUUCCACAUGUAUCUGAGGAUUACAAAACUCUUCAUCUGUGGGGACGCACUGUAGGGCACUGCAAACCUAUCUUCCGCUUUGGCUCAGAUUUGCGAAAGGUGGUCGCAGACAUCAUGCAAGUCGUCGAAAUGUUGGAAGCGUGGCGCACGAUCUGGGAUCCAUUGACAGUACGUGCGAGAUUUGUUGAAGCAUGUCUGUGCCAUUUCCCCCAAGACGACACCUUUACAAUCGAAGAUGCGAUGGAGGCAAUACAAAACCUAGCUCACACGUACAAGAAUACUCAGGUCCAGGGCCAAUCGAAUGAAACUGAUGCGGCUGGAAAUGAUAAAUUCCAGUCAAAGCUACGAAAAGUAUUGAGUGCAAAUUGCAAUCAAUCCGUCUUCCUCCUUGUCACUAAGGCGGCUCAGGGAUUCGGCAUUUGCCCUGUGACUAUCGAAGACGAGGAUAUCGUGGUGGUUGCUAAUACGGCAGAGCAGCCGCUAGUGUUGAGAAGGCAACUAGACACAGGUCAUAAGCAAGCGUGGUACAAACUAGUUGGUCAGACGUACGUUGACGGUCUUGCAGAGACAUCAAGCUCACUCGAAAGUCCUCUCUACACCAUGGUGAAGGAUCAGUCUCAUGAGGAGUUUCACAUCAUAUAA